AUGUCGAAAGUCGUGUACGAAGGAUGGAUGGUGCGGUACGGGAGGAGGAAGAUCGGCCGAUCCUUCCUUCACAUGCGGUAUUUCGUGCUCGAGUCGCGGCUUCUCGCUUAUUACAAGAGGAAGCCUCAAGAUAAUCAGGUCCCAAUCAAGACCUUGUUGAUCGAUGGAAAUUGUAGGGUUGAGGAUAGAGGAUUGAAGACUCACCAUGGACGCAUGGUAUAUGUUUUGUCUCUUUACAACAAGAAAGAUAAGUACCACAGAAUCACGAUGGCAGCUUUUAACAUACAGGAAGCUCUAAUCUGGAAGGAAAAGAUUGAGUUUGUGAUUGAUCAGCAUCAAGAGUCACAAGUUGCAAAUGGUAACAAAUAUGUAUCUUUUGAGUAUAAAUCUGGGAUGGAUUGUGGCAGGACUGCUUCCUCAUCAGACCACGAAGCUCAGUUUAGUGCAAAUGAAGAUGAAGAUGAUGCUCGCCCUAAUUUGUUACGUAGAACGACAAUUGGAAAUGGUCCUCCAGAUUUGAUAUUUGAUUGGACACGGGAAUUCAACUCAGAUGUAUCUAACCAAAAUGCCAUCAAUCAAGCAUUUUCUAGAAGGCAUUGGCGUCUUCUUCAGUGUCAAAAUGGACUUCGCAUUUUUGAAGAACUUCUUGAAGUUGAUUACCUUCCGAGGAGCUGUAGUAGAGCAAUGAAAGCUGUUGGGGUUGUGGAAGCCUCCUGUGAAGAAAUAUUUGAGCUUGUAAUGAGCAUGGAUGGAACACGAUUUGAGUGGGAUUGCAGUUUCCAGUAUGGUAGCUUAGUGGAAGAGGUAGACGGGCAUACAGCAAUUCUCUACCAUAGACUUCAGCUGGACUGGUUUCCUGUGUUUGUUUGGCCACGUGACUUUUGCUACGUGCGUUAUUGGCGCCGAAAUGAUGAUGGCAGCUACGUUGUGCUAUUUCGUUCUAGAGAGCAUGAAAACUGUGGUCCACAACCUGGAUAUGUGCGAGCUCAUGUUGAAAGUGGAGGAUACAACAUUUCCCCUCUCAAACCUCGAAAUGGCCGACCUAGGACACAGGUGCAGCAUCUUAUGCAGAUUGAUCUAAAAGGGUGGGGCGUAGGUUAUAUGCCAUCGUUUCAGCAACAUUGUCUUCUUCAGAUGUUAAACAAUGUUGCUGGGCUGCGUGAAUGGUUUGCGCAGACAGAUGAAAGGGGCGCUCCCCCUCGAAUCCCUGUUAUGGUCAACAUGGCCUCAGCUUCUGUUUCUUCAAAGAAGAGUCAAAAGUCACAUGAGUCUUCUAUUCAUCCUACCCCAUAUCUUGAUCAAAUUAAUAAUGCUAGCAGAAACUCUGCCAUGAUGGAUGAAUAUUCUGAUGAGGAUGAAGAAUUUCAAAUUGCUGAAUCAGAGCAAGAGGCUGAGGGAAUCAAGACUGAGAAUGAAGUUAAGAGAACAGCAUUAGAAGAAGAACCAAUUGAUCAAAUCGAUUUAUCCUGUUUUUCGAGUAAUCUACGCCAUGAUGACCGUGAUACUGCUCGUGACUGCUGGAGAAUUGCCGAGGGGAACAACUUUAGAGUUCGCGGCAAGCAUUUCUGUUAUGACAAAACAAAGAUCCCUGCUGGGAAACAUUUGAUGGAUCUUGUUGCGGUAGAUUGGUUCAAGGACACCAAAAGAAUGGACCAUGUAGCCAGGCGUCAAGGAUGUGCAGCGCAAGUUGCCUCAGAGAAAGGGUUCUUUUCUGUGGUUUUUAAUUUGCAAGUGCCUGGUUCAACACACUACAGCAUGGUAUUCUAUUUUGUGACAAAGGAAUUAGUGCCUGGAUCCCUCUUGCAGCGAUUUGUGGAUGGUGAUGAUGAAUUCCGUAAUAGUAGACUUAAGCUCAUCCCAUCAGUUCCCAAGGGAUCUUGGAUUGUGCGCCAGAGUGUUGGAAGUACUCCCUGUUUAUUGGGAAAAGCAGUUGAUUGCAACUACAUACGUGGUCCUAAGUACUUGGAGGUUGACGUUGACAUUGGUUCUUCCACCGUGGCUAAUGGAGUUUUGGGACUUGUAGUUGGCGUAGUAACAUCGUUGGUGGUUGAGAUGGCUUUCCUUGUACAGGCAAAUGCUGUGGAUGAAUUGCCGGAACGGCUGAUUGGUGCUGUCCGAGUUUCUCAUCUAGAGCUGUCCUCUGCUAUUGUUCCCAAACUCGAACCAGAUCCAUCUUGACUACGGGAACCAUUAACCCGUACACUGAUUUUGUACGAGUUAUUCUUUUAGAUAUGCACAUAUUUGAUUCCCAAAUUCUUUCUCAUCUCAUUUUAAGUUGAGUUUGGGUCUCCGUUUUGUAGUUAAAUUUCUUCACAAAAUAUGUCCAAAAAAUUACUGUAUAUUUUAUUGUUGCAUUACUCUGCGAUUAGUGAUUGCAUUUUCCCCUCCAUUGUUAUCACUAGCAUUUUGGGUGAAUAAGGAUGAAAUUGAAUUUGCUUAGCA